AUGGAAUACGAGACCGAAUCCGUUCUACACACCACACCGAACGAUGCGCUGGGUGAUUCGCUCGCCCAACAUAGUGAGAGCUCCAACCUAUCUGUGGACCCAUUCUACGAAGACCUCACGAAAGCUUUCCGCUAUAUUUCUUCUGCAGGUCUUUGGUAUCUACGUUACGAGCCAUUUCUCCGCAGAACAUCCGCAGAUAGGGAGUUCACCAAGAUCGCGAAGGCAAGCAUGUCAUACCUCAAGGACAACCGCGAAUGUCGCUUUGACCCAUUCAUGCCGUACCAUCAACAGUACAUGUCCGGAACUCUGGUACAGCUUUACGAACACAUGGAGUAUGGUUCGCUCGGCGACGCUGUCUUUCGCCACAUGACGGGCUGGUAUGAUGUAAUCGAGUGUUCACGAUUCUGUGGGUAUACAUGGCACCAGUGCUGUCGCUGCGGUCUUUUUCAUUGCCACCACGACUCCAUCGACAUUCUUGAUUCACGCGAUGUCCCGACCGCGGUGACAUAUAUGCACCAAACGACAAACGACCUAGUACCCAUCGACCAAUUGGCGUUCCAGGAUCUCGCAAAAAGAGCGGAGCAGUACUUGGCUUUCACCAACGACUACGAUAUCUGGCCGGAUGCAGAAGUUGCAGCUUUUCGGGAAUUCUCUGGUCCUGUUGUUGAAUGGCUACACUACGAGAACGGCAUUGAACGGAUCGAGUGGACAGCAUUCAAGGACAUCGCUGCAGCAGUGACGGGAUUCUUAUCCUACGAGCCACCACCAUACUUUCCCCACUUUUUACGAUUGCCGGCUGAGAUUCGAAAGAUCGUUUACCACCACUAUCUUUCCGGAAACGGCGCUGUCUUUCUGGCCGACUCUUCCAGCUGUAAUAUCUGGGCCUGCUGUAUCUGGAACUAUCAGUCGCUGACCGUUUGCAAACAUAGCCAGAAGACUCUGACCCCAAUCGGACAAGCUUACAGAGAUGUCGGAGGUUGGUACGCGGCUUUGAGUCUCACAUGCGGGCAGUUGCAGGGCGAGAUCAUUGUCUUCAUGCUAGAGCGCACACAGCAGAUUGUUCUCAACCUCGAGGAGGGUGGCGGCGACGGCGGUGCGUGGUUUUACGACAUUCUGGCAGCAAUUCCUCGUGGUGACGGUCUGCGGGCAGUGAAGCACCUAGCCUUUCGUCUUGAGCAUCUGUGCCACGACUCUCAGUCGUCACCCAUUCCAAAAAGCCCUAUGGUGGAGCUUGCACUCGCCUGUACUUCUCUCCGAGAAAUCGAGUGGACAAUCAAUACCCAAGAGCUCUUCUGCAUUAGCUCUCCAACCAGCUUGGGCAGCCCACGAUCUGUAGACGCGCUACUAGAAAGGUUCGCACUCCGGGCUUUGAUCAAUUGUGAGAGUCUGAAGCGAAUUCGCAUCAGAGGUGUGUAUGAAAGUAUUGAAUGGCAGAGUAAUCCAAGUGACUGGGACGUCCUUUUCGGCGUGGGGAAGUGGUUGAUGAAGGGCAUUCUGGUUCGACAAGAGCGGCGCAUUCAGGUGAUCCUACACCGUCCUGAUACUGACUGGUAUGCACUAGGAAUACUCGUGAAGCUAGAUGAGGCAGACGAGAAAGAAGUAGAAGAUAUGUGCAAGGCGAAGAAAGCGAAAGCUUUGCUUGCACCAGUGCAGGCAGAGCAAGACCUAGGCUUUUUGCCAAGUCUCUUUGGCGACAAAGUAUGA